UGCCAUCCCUCCCAGCCGCGGGACAGUGACUGGCCUGCGUUGGUUAGGGUCCUUUCGAGGGCCAGGUCUUUCGGGUCAAGGAUAAGGAAAGUCCUGCCUAAGGAUGAGGCAAGAGCGCCCGCGGCCCUCUCCAGCUGGCGCCAGAGGUGGCUCGAGGUGCGGCGUGUGUGAAGUGGAGGCCUGAGGUCUGAGGCCUGCCUAGUGGGGUGCCCCUCGUCUCCAGCAUGGAGGAGCCCGGGGCCGAACGGUCGUCCUCGCCCUCGGGCAGUGAGGACAGUGAGGGUGAAAGCAAGCACGGGGACGUUAUGGAGAAUGGCAGGGAGUCUGAGGAGGAGCACAGCAAGGGGGAGAUUGAAGACUCUUCCUCAGACAGUGAUGGCAGUGGCGAGGAUGACUCUGAGCACUCUGCCAAGUCUGACCAGGAGGAUGCAAGGGACAGUGGCGGUGGUGGCGGCGAGGAGAGUCAGGGGGAGGAGUAUGGCGAUGGUGGUGGCGGUGGGAGCAGCAGCUACCCCGUAGAGGGUGAAGCAUAUCCUAUGGCAGACCUGCCCCUGGAGGUGAUCACUACUGUGGAACCUACCAACUACGCAUACCCUGUGCUCAAGAACAUGUCCAACGGUGUCCUGACCCACCGCAACAUCUUCACGGAGGUGGAGCGCUCAGUUCUGGUGGGCAUCAUCAACAAGUACCGUAACAUUGUGGACACGCGCAGCCGCACACGUGAGAUUUACCUGGAGAAGCAGAAUGUGUGGCAGCAGAUCGUGGAGGAGUACAACAGCACAGACAACAUCAUGGUGCGCACAGAGAAGGAGCUGCGCAAGUGUUGGGACAACAUGAAGUACCGUGCCAAGCAGGCCGAGAAGGAGAUGUUCAAAGUAGAGGUCAAGGCUGAAGGGGAAGCUGAGGUAGACAUCAAGAUGGAGCCGCCGGAUCAUGACGCCUUCCACUUUGCACCAGAAUAUGAUGCAGCAGUAGAGGACGCCUGGCAGUGUGCUGACCCUGGUGGGGAGGAGGAAAGGGAACCUGCCCUCAAAAAGGCUCGGCAGGAAUCUCCUAAACUGUCCAGUCUACUGCUCGCAGCAGCUCACAAGCGACCCCCUGCCAAGAAAACCAGUAAGGGUAGCAGCAACAGUACACCCUACAAGAACAGUAGUAACAGCAGCAACAGCAGUAACAACAAUAACAGUAGCAGCAGUAACAACCACAGUAUCAACAACAGCAGUAACAUUAACAACAGCAACAGCUUUCAAUACAGCAUCCCAUCAUGCACCAAGGUGAUGCAUGUCAAGAAGAAAGGUCACUCAGGCACUGCCACUACAGGGUUUGUUGGUGCCCCAUCCCAAGAAAUUCCUAUCCUCCCUAAGGGCUUGGCCUCUUGCCUCUCCAUCACCAACAUCCCAAACCCAGCAGGAGCACAAGGAACCCCCAGUCGGGAAUCUGUCUCGCCAAGCACCUCACCCGUCCAGGUUGCCCUCAAGCCCAUGCCCAGCCUCAAGAAGAUGGUGCCCUCCAAGCACCAGCAUGGUACCACCAAGGGUUCCAGCAUGCGCUCAGGCAGAAAGUCAAAUGGUUUGUCCUCCAAAUCCAGCAGGGGCCACCGUACCCCUGUCUACCCAGUACAGCAGGAGCCGCUCUCCCUGGUUCCAACUGAGGGUAUGGGUGAGGAGCAGCAGCUUAGCAUCCGCUUGGUGACACAACGCCACCGUCUGGAGCAACGUGAACAUGAAAUGCGGAUGCGGGUGCUUGAAAAGGAGCUGCAGGCACACACCUUCCAGUGCCAGUACUGGUCCCUGAGGCUUAAGCUGCUUCGGGCUGGUCGGGAGAGUGGCAGCAGCGGCAGCGGUGGGCCCCUCAACCUUGCUGGUGCUACUAACGGUGAUAUUGAUUAGCUGGUGCUUUGAUGGGCCAGGGUCAAAACAACAGGUUGUGAGUUUGUGAUGAUUGGCUACUUCUUUUGACAGGGACUUGCAGCACAGUUGGUCCUUCGUCUUCAGUCCUCCUUUCCUUCCUCCCCUAUGCUCUUGUUGUUUAGUGUAACUACCAAGGUUGUUGGUCCCUCUCAGUGUUGUGUCACGUGGACCCUGAUGGUUGUGUGUUCAGGUACAACAUGUUUUAGUGUCUCAUGUUCUGAUGUGGGUCUUGGCCUCCACUUGGCUCCUUGGCUUAGUGUGUUCAAGUUUACCUAUUUUUACAGAGGCUAUUUUGUGGUUACUAUUUAAAGGUAAUAUGUAUAUAUUAUAUAUGGUAAUACAUAAUAUUAUUGAAUAAGGAGUCAGAUACAUUCUAUUUUAAAAGUUUAACUUAUACCUACGUGAAGAAUUUAUUUAUAUUUACACCAUUGACAAAGACCAUUGCUGACUGUGUUAAAAAUGUAUUAUUUAAGAUGUAUGUAUGUAUAUGUGCUUUUAAUUUAUUUUAAAGUUACCGGUACUUUUUUCAUUGCAUAAUAAGAUUGUGAGUGGUAGCCGUGAUUGAAGUUGGUAAUUGACUUCUGGGCUGGUUAGAAGUAUUAACUUGUGUCACUAUUGCCAGAAUACAGAUACAUGCUCUUCAAUCAAAUUACUUUGAUUAGUUCUGAUAAAAUAUCAUCUUUUGAAGGUUGCCUUCAACCCAUUUUCUAUAAAUGUAUGGUAUUGCCACACCAUAGUCUUUUCUAAUACACCAGUGGACCCCAAAAGUCAAUAUAAUAAGUAUUUCAUAAGGGCUACUCAACUAUUGUGAGCAAAGGUCCAGUUAGACAAGAAACAGUGUAUGCAGAGGUCCGGAUAAAUAUUUCAUACUUACAAGAAUAUUGCUAGGACCUUUGUGUUAUUUAAUUAUAUGUUUCUCCUGGAGCCUGGGGUCCAGCUCAGAAGGUCCAGAUUCGAACCGCGGGCCGCCAGUUGAGUAGCCCUGCAUUAGAUUGUGUACAGGCAUACCUACUGCUCCUGCUGGAAAGUUUUUAGUUUAAAUAUUCUAUACAUUAUGAAAUGGGGAAAUAAGAUUGAAAAAAAAAUAUUACCUUUGAUUCCUUUGGUAGUUAGCAAAGACAGGCCUACAUUUAAGGGUCAGUCUAUGGUUGAAAACCGAGUGAUGAUCUCUACAGUCACCACAAUGGAAGUCUGGACCCUCUACAUUAGGCUUCAAAUUCAGUUGGGUCUGAAGAUCAUUGCAUGGCAAGCACUGUUGGGAUAUUUUUUCUUUCAGUUUCUGGUAACUCGGGGAGCUUGUUGUCCACUGCUGCGAAUGUUUAGUCUCAGUGCCUGGCUGACAGGAUGGGAGAGUAUGAUCUGACUCAGUGGUUUUUCAUCCCUUCCACUAGCUUAAAAGAUUAUAACUGCGAUGGGUCCUAUGCCCCUUACUGACUCAGAAUAAGCCUUUAUUCUGGCCCUAAGGGAGGAAAAAUCACUAUAAAGAGACUUUCAAAUGUACCGGGUGGGCAAAGUCGACAGUUGUGGUGCUCCUUGCUGCAGCUCACCACCUGCCUCCAACAAAAUUUUCCAGCAUAAACUUUGUGCCAGGCACAAAAGGAAGACUUCUUGUGGAUUCAUGGUCACUGUUUUCAUUAGCAACUGACCAGUAGUGGGAAAAGUCUUCCUUUUCUGUCUGGCAAGAGAUUUUUGCUGGGGGAUUUUGUUAAGGGUCAGGUGGAGUGCCGUAACUGUUGACUUUGCCCACCCUGUACAGUACUUGUAAUAGUGUCUUUUUCCUUCCUCAGGACCAGAAUAUGGGCUUAUCCUGUGUCAGUAAGUGGUGUAGGAUCCAUGGGAGAUAAUUUGGCAAGCUACUGGAGGGCGAGAAUGGAAAACCAUUGGGAGUCAGAUUGGAUGGCAAGAUCAUACACAGGAUCCCUUCACAGUCAGCCAGGCACUCAGGCUAGACAUUCACAGCAGUGGCCAGCGAGUUUCAAAAAAUUCCUACACCAUAGUGUUUCCAGGCAAUGCUCUCUGGACCUUACUAAUUUUGAGCU